AUGCCACACCAGCCGAAGCAGGUGCUGCGCGCGGCGCCGCCCGCGGAUCCGACGCGCGAGCUGCCGGUAUGCUACACCUCGUUCCAUCCUCCGUCAUUUAUUAAUGCGAAGAACGUUUCGUCGUCCUACCUGAAAACCGAAGCGCAGACGUGGAUGGCCAGGUCCGGCCGCCCCAAGCAUGCAAAGAGGAAGCGCGAAGGGAGUGCUGAAGGAAGCGAGGAAGAAGAGGAGCUGGAUGCAUCGUAUCGCCUUGUCGUGCACAUGGGUGCCGAGUUUUUGCGCGUGGGCCGUGCCACGGACCUGUUUCCCACGACGGUGCCCAGUGUGCUUGCGCGGCGGAUGCAGGAGGCGCCCGUGCCGGAACAGCACACUGAUGAAAGCUGCGAGGUAAAGAUCGAGUCGCUGCGCAACGAGCUGCGUUCGAUUAUGCGGCAGUACAAGCUGCGCCCUGUGAGCAAUGGCCAGCAGUCGGUGCAUAGCUACAACGCGUCGGUAGAGCCCGAGCGUGUGCUAGAGCACAACGAUGUAUACCACCAGGGCUGGGUCCCGAAUGCGCCGUCCGGCGAUGCGGAGGUCGACGGGAAGCACAAGACCGUGCUGGUCGGCGACGAAGCGCUGCGCCUUGCGUGCCUCUCGCCCAAAGACGCCGCGGCGGAUCGGCACGGCUGGCAGCUCUUUUACCCUUGGCGGCGUGGGAUGCUGGACAUUGCGCGGUACACGUCUACGUAUGGUGCUUCGGCCGCCGUCCAGGCACUGCUGGGCGAUCUGCAGACGAUUGUCACCUAUGCACUUUCCGCGCCCCUACGCGAAGAUGGCAGCGAGUCGGUAGCGAGCGCGGGCCUUGGGAUUCCGCAGCAGGAUUUUGGGCGCUACUCGGUCCUCCUCCUUGUCCCUGACUCGUGCUCGAAGUCGGAUUUGCGUGCGCUGGGGUCCAUGCUUCUUAUGCAGAUGGGAUUUGCCGCGCUGAAUGUACAGACCGAAGGCCUCUGCGCGAUUUUCGGCGCUGGGCUGAGUGCCGCAUGCAUUGUCGAUCUUGGCGCGACGAGCAUUGGCAUCUCGUGCGUAGAAGAAGGGCUCGUCCUGCCCGAAACGCGCGUCUCCUUGGCCUACGGCGGCCAGGACAUGUCGGCCUUUUUCGGCCAAGUCCUUGCCCACGCGCAAUUUCCCUACCGUGCGAUGAAUAUCCAUGCACGCUUGGCGGAUGCUGCACUCCUUGAUACACUCAAGAAGCAGCUCGUCACGCUCCAGCCAAGUCAGGUCGGCCUGAAUCUGACCGAUUUCAUGGUGCGACUUCCCGCGACACAGACCGUCAAGUACGCACUGCGAUACUACGACGAGCCGAUUGUCGCUGGCCUCAUGCUCUUCCACCCCGACGUGAUUGCAUUUUACGCAGAGACUCCCCCGCGCCGCGCAGCCAACGCCGCCUCGGCACUGCCCGCCGUUGCGGACGAGCAGGAAGGCGCCGCGUCGUUGCUCGCAUCGAAUGCGUCGCUCGGCGGGGACGAGGCACAAGAGCUGAGUGCGCAUGCGCCGUCGGAUAUCGGUGCGUCCCUUGCGAUGCUUGCCUGUGUCGAGCGCAGUUUGCCAGAGCAGGCACUUGCGGCGCUCAGCACGUUGCGCACACAGUCGGCGCAGGCCACACAAGCAGCCGAAGUCGAGGAAGGCACGCCGGAGGCUGGACAGCCGUCGCCUGCGCCGCUGGCCAAACAACCUGCGCCGCCUCCUGCCGCUGCGUUUAGCACACUUGCACAGAAAUGCACUGCUGCAGCAACGCUUGCGGCGCAGAGCGGCGUCGACGUCGUGAGCGCUUCGUCGCGCACGCCGCUAGACCGUGCUGUAUUCCACAGUUUGCUCGCCUCGACAGGGACGCUUGACGGACAAGUCCAAGGCGCCGGCGCCGACGAGCGUUUGCGCAGGCUCGCGAACAACAUCAUGUGCAUUGGCGGCACCGCACGGGUUCCAGGGCUUGGCGAGGCGUUGGAGGCGCGCGUAUCGAUGCGGCUUGUCGAGCACUACACGCCGACGGAUCCUGCACGCACUGCCUCUGUCGCCGUCCCACCCGACUUUGCGGCGCCGCAGGCCACCGUGAUUCCGCCGCCGCGGAACAUGGAGCCCGAGUUUCUUGCAUGGAAAGGGCUCGCAGUGCUUGCACACCUCGAUGCACUGCAAGAGCUAUGGAUCCUGCGCGCGGACUGGGACAAGUUUGGGUACCGCGCACUAAAAGAAAAGUCGCUGUUUUUGUAG